AUGAGUAAUAAGGAUGAGAGAUCGCCUUUUGAUGACCGGAGCAUUAGAGAGACCGCCUGUAAAGCCACCGCGGGAGCCGCCGCUGGGGUAAUUGCGGGGACUUUCGUGUGCCCAUUGGAUGUGAUCAAAACAAGGUUACAGGUUAUUGGUCUUCCUCUAACUCCACUGUCCGGACGUCAAAAAGGUAGUGUGAUUAUAAGAAGCCUACAAGAUAUAGUAAAAAAGGAAGGACUUAGAGGAAUGUAUAGAGGACUUUCACCAACCAUCAUUGCUCUCCUUCCCAAUUGGGCUCUAAAAGAUGUGCUUCAAUCAAAUAAUGAUGGCAAACUUAGUGUUGGGGCAAACAUAGUAGCUUCUGGUAUUGCUGGAGUUUCAACUACUAUUGUGACUAAUCCCCUUUGGGUCAUCCGUACAAGAUUAAUGACGCAAGGAAUGAGAACGGAUGUGGUACUUUACAAAACCGUAUUUUCCGCAUUUACUAGGAUUUUUCAUCAAGAAGGAUUGCGAGGAUUGUACAUUGGCCUUGUACCUUCUUUGAUUGGGGUAAGUCAUGUAGUGAUCCAACUCCCAGCAUAUGAAAUGAUAAAGCAAUAUAUGGCAGAGAUUGAUAUAUCUGUUUUCUAUGUAGAGCUGGAAGAGAUUUGGAGGAUUUUAACGUUGGUUUAUGUGAUUGUAGAUGAGAUAGCGAAGCUGUUUCCUGGUCUAUAUGGUCAGCCAUCUGUAUCAGUUGUUCCAGAUCAGAAUGCAGCUUCGUCGGGACAGAAACUGAAGAUCGGUGUUGUUCUAUCCGGUGGUCAGGCGCCUGGUGGGCACAAUGUCAUAUCGGGACUGUUCGAUUACUUGCAGGAGCGUGCAAAAGGAAGCACAUUUUACGGUUUCAAGGGUGGUCCAGCUGGUAUCAUGAAGUGCAAAUAUGUUGAGUUGAAUGCUGAGUACAUUCAGCCAUACAGAAACCAGGGUGGUUUUGACAUGAUCUGCAGUGGAAGAGACAAGAUCGAAACCCCUGAACAGUUUAAACAAGCUGAAGAAACAGCAAAGAAGCUAGAUUUGGAUGGAUUGGUGGUAAUCGGUGGAGAUGACUCCAACACCAAUGCUUGCCUCCUUGCUGAAAACUUCAGGAGUAAGAACUUGAAAACCCGAGUCAUUGGGUGCCCCAAGACCAUUGAUGGUGAUUUGAAAUGCAAAGAGGUUCCUACUAGUUUUGGGUUCGAUACAGCUUGCAAGAUAUACUCUGAGAUGAUUGGAAAUGUCAUGAUUGAUGCAAGGUCAACUGGAAAAUACUAUCAUUUUGUACGACUUAUGGGACGUGCUGCUUCCCACAUUACACUUGAGUGUGCUUUACAAACUCACCCAAACAUAACAAUUAUCGGAGAAGAGGUGGCCAAGAUUGAGACUGAGAAGAUGCUUAUUCAAAUGGUUGAGACUGAAUUGGAGAAAAGAAAGCAAGCUGGUGCAUACAAGGGACAAUUCAUGGGGCAGUCACAUUUCUUCGGUUAUGAAGGAAGAUGCGGGUUGCCUACAAAUUUUGAUGCCACCUACUGUUAUGCACUCGGUUACGGCGCUGGAGUUCUACUCAACAGUGGGAAGACCGGACUAAUUUCGUCGGUCGGGAACUUGGCUGCUCCUGUGGAAGAAUGGACUGUAGGUGGAACUGCUCUCACAGCCUUGAUGGAUGUCGAGAGGAGACACGGUAAGUUCAAGCCUGUGAUCAAGAAAGCGAUGGUGGAACUUGACGAUGCACCUUUUAAGAAGUUUGCAUCGCUGCGUGAGGAAUGGGCCUUGAAGAACCGAUACAUCAGCCCUGGUCCAAUCCAAUUCACGGGACCUGGUUCAGACGCUCUCAGCCACACUCUACUUCUCGAACUUGGAGCUCAAUAG